AUGAAGGUCUUCGUCGCUCUCGCCAUUAUUCUCUCCGUGGCAUCGGCUGCCCCACAGUUCGGUGGUGCCGACGCCAACGCCAAUGCCAACGCUGCGGCUCAAGGUCAGGGCGGCAACGGCGGCGGAUUCGGAGGCAAUGGCGGAGGACAUGGCGGAGGACACCACCACGGCGGACGUCCUGGUGCUCAAGGCGGAUUCGGCGGUAACAACCAAUUCGGAGCUGGAGGCUUCGGCGGUCCCAACCAGGGUGGAAACGGAGGCUUCGGCGGUCCCAACCGAGGUGGAAACGGAGGAUUCGGUGGUCCAGGUGGUGGCUUCGGCGGCGGCAAUGCCGAAGCUAAUGCCAAUGCUAACGCAAAUGCCGCUGGAAAUGGAUUUGGAGGAGGCAAUCGCUGA